AUGAGACUCAGUAGCUUGGCAGCCCCACAUCCCCUGAUCUCACUUAUCUCCAGUCACAGCAUCCAAACCAGCACCAUCUCAAGGGACAUCAACACAGCAGCCAAGUUCAUUGGGGCUGGGGCCGCCCCAGUUGGGGUGGCUGGCUCUGGGGCUGGGACUGGAACUGUGUUCAGGAGCCUCAUCAUUGAUUAUGCCAGGAACCCUUCUCUGAAACAACAACUCGUCUCCUGCGCCUAUCUGGGUUUUGUCCUCUGGGAAGCCAUGGGGCUCUUUUGCCUGACAGUGGCCUUUCUCAUCCUUUUCACCAUGUGA